AUGGUGGACGGGAGUAACUGUUCAUGCAGUUGCAGAAUCGUAAGCAAGAGACAUUUUCCAUGGCAGGCCCUGUGUUGCACCGAAACCCCCCGCCCCCACAAAGGCUGGGAUCGUGGUUGGGUCACUCAACUGCCUCUGGCCCUGUACCCUGUAACGUCAGUAUGGGGUGCCCUCUGGCCGGCUGGGGGCUGCAGGGGCCGUGACAACACGGCCCGAAGGCGGGAAGGUGCACCCGCGGACUUCAGGCGGCAGUGCCGAGCCCGCCCGCCUCCCAGGGCCCGGGCAACACGCCCCCGGCUUUUCCGCUCGGUUGGGAAGGCAAUCGGAGCGGAAGGCGGAGGCGCGAGCGGCGCGGGCGACCGCACGCAGUCCCCCAGGGGCUCCUCGCCUCGGGCUCCGAGCGGCUCCGUCCCGCAGGAUGGGGCCAGGCGCAGGCUCUCGGCACCUGCCCAGCCCCGUGUCCUCAAGCUACCCGGGACACCCGACUCGGUCCGGGAGCCCACGGAUCCGGGUGCGAGAGCUGGAGAGGUGCGGAGACGCCGGACUGGAGCGAAAAAAACAGCAGCAGGCUUCAGGUCCUUCCAACCUCUGAUCAACCUCCAAUCGAAAUCUUCAGAGCCAUCCUCCCUCCCCCCCUGCCCCGGGGACCAGGCCGCAGCAGCUCCCGAGCUUAGCCGCUACUGCCCACCCGCUACCAGCCCGGAUUUGCCGGGAUCCUUCCGCCCACGUGGAGGCCGCGGCCCGCCGCCCGGUCCGCCUGCACCUGCGGGCCUCCUGCCCUCCUCCGCCGGGGCCUCUACUUCCACCGCGACGCUGUGGCUCUGCACGCCGAGGCCACUUCCUCCGCGAGCGGGCCGGGGACCAGCGCCGGGUCGCCGGGAGCCCUCGGGUGCAAACCCGGCCCCGCGGCCGCGCCCUCCCGCAGGAGGAGCAGAGGCCUCCCGGGACGGGCCCUGCAAACCCCUGAACCCCGGGGAGAACCAGAAGCAGGCCCUCGUGGCUCUGCAAGCCCCGGGCGGUGUCCGCGUAGACUCGGGACCUGCCGGAGAACCUAGAGGAGCAGGUGAGGCUCCUCGGGAAGAUGGGGCGCACCUGCCUGAGCUCGGCGGGCUGGGCCGCGCAGCAUCCCUUCCAGGGGCUCCCCCUGCAGCAGACCGGCAGCCUCCGGAGCCUUGGAGGGGCCCCUCUGCGCCCCCCCCCCCGGUUCUGGGGGCUUCUGCGUGAGCCUCUCCCUGCAGCCCCUAGGCAGCCUUUUAGUCCUCGCCCAAGCUGUGAACCAAGUGGAAACAGUACAGCUCUUUGCAGGAAAAAAAAAUAUAUUUUUCGGGUAGUUCUUGGUUAGUGUAUAAAAACACAAGUGGGGGAUCCCUGGGUGGCGCAGCGGUUUAGCGCCUGCCUUUGGCCCAGGGCGCGAUCCUGGAGACCCGGGAUCGAAUCCCACGUCGGGCUCCCGGUGCAUGGAGCCUCCUUCUCCCUUUGCCUAUGUCUCUGCCUCUCUCUCUCUCUCACUGUGUGCCUAUCAUAAA